CUAGCAGCCACGUAAUUCUCUUCCUACUCUCUUCCCCCUUAUUGCAACAGUAGGUCCUAGGGGCGCAAUUUUGAAAAUACACAACUGAAGCUCACUCUCAACUCUCACCCUCUUCUCUCUCUCUCUCUAUCUCCAUUUCCUUGCAAAGCCGACGAUUCUCUUCUUCUUGCCGACGAUCCUUCUGCUCAGUUCUGCCUUUUCGAGAUGGCAAUUAGCCCAGAAACUCUCCAGUUUUUGUCACAAUGUUUUCUAAACACUCUAUCUCCUCACCCUGAGCCUCGGCGCUCUGCUGAGGCAAGUCUCAGUGAGGCAGUGGAGCAGCCAAAUUAUGGGUUGGCUGUUCUUACACUCAUACGCACACCGGGUGUUGGGGAGGAGAUCCAGCAAGCUGCAGCAGUGAACUUUAAAAACUAUCUUAAAGCUCGAUGGGCACCAAUGGCAAGGCGGUCUGAACCUAAUGUGCCCUUGCCGAACCCUAUACCUGAGGAUGAAAAGAAGCUGAUUAAAGAGCACAUUGUGACUCUGAUGCUGGAGUCUACGCCUCGUAUCCAAGCUCAGCUCAGUGAGGCGUUGGUGGUCAUUGGGAAGCAUGAUUUUCCUAGGGAGUGGACCGAGCUACUUCCGAUGCUCAAUACUAGGCUUCAGCAAGCACUCAGUGAGGGUGGUAAUUAUGCUGCUAUUAAUGGAAUUCUUGGGACUGCCAACUCUUUGUUUAAGAAGUUUCGACAUGGGUACGGGACAAAUGAUCUGAGGCUGGAUUUGAGGUAUUGUUUGGAUAAUUUUGCACUCCCGUUGUUGCAGUUGUUCUCCCAUACUGCAUCUCUGAUUGAUUCAGGUAUCAGUUCUGGUGCUGCUGCGGCAAACUUAAAGCCCCUAUUUGAGGCACAGAGGCUGUGUUGUAGGAUAUUUUAUUCCUUUAACUUUCAGGAGUUGCCUGAUCUCUUUGAAGAUAACAUGGGAUCAUAUGUGAAUAUAUUUGGAACAUAUCUAACUACCACAUACCCAGUCCUCGAACAAGGAGGUGAGAUGGCUCUUGUUGAUAAUCUUCGUGCUGCUAUUUGUGAAAUCUUGACCCUCUAUAUCGCGAGGACUGAGGAGCCCUUCGAAAAAUACGUGGGUCAAUUUGAGAAAGCAGUACGGACCCUCCUUGUGAUUGUUUCUGCAUCUUCAGGUCGUGAUCAUCUUGCUAUUACUGCUAUCAAGUUCUUGACAAUGGUCAGCUCUAUGGCACACCACUACAAGCUCUUUGACGAAGCUUCCUUAGAUGUGAUAUGUCGAAACAUUGUCAUUCCAAAUGUCAUGCUAAGGGAAGAAGAUGAAGAGCUUUUUGAGUUCAAUUAUAUUGAGUUCAUUAGACGAGAUAUGGAAGGAAGUGAUGUUGACACUCGGAGAAGAGCUGCAUGUGAACUGCUUAAAGGAAUAGCAACUCACUACAGAGAGAAGGUUGCUCCCAUGGUGAACAGUGUCAUACAGUCCAUGUUGACCACAUGUGGUGAGAACCCAGCUGCAAAUUGGAAAUACAAGGACUCUGCCAUUUAUCUGGUUAUAUCAUUAAGCACUGUAAAAGCUACAGGCCCUAAUGUAUUGACGGGGUUUUUUGAUCUGCAAUCAUUCUUUACAUUGAUGGUUGUUCCAGAGUUAGAGAGUCAAGAUGUUAAUUCUUACCCAUUGCUCAAGGCAGGUGCACUUAAGUUUAUAACAGUAUUCAGAGAUCAGCUUCCAAAGACCAGUGUGAUGCCCUUGGUUCCUCAAGUGUUACGGUUUCUUGCUGUCGAGUCAAAUGUGGUCCACUCUUAUGCUGCUAUUUUUAUUGAUAAAGUUCUGCUGGUUAAAGAUGAGGGCGCUAGAGCUAGAUAUGUUGCAUCUGAUAUUGCACCAUAUCUUUCUAUGCUGUUAAACAACCUUUUUAACGCAAUGAAGUUUCCCGAUUCUGAGGAGAACCAAUAUCUUAUGAAGUGCAUCAUGCGGGUCCUUAGUGUUGCAGAUGUUUCCAGUGAUGUUGCUGCUAGCUGCAUGUCUGGAAUGGCUUCUAUUCUCAAUGAAGUGUGCAAGAACCCUAAAAACCCUAUAUUCAAUCAUUAUCUAUUUGAGGCUGUUGCCGUGCUUAUUAAGCGGGUUUGUGAGAAGGACCCCUCUGUUAUAGCGGUUUUUGAAAGUAGCCUUUUCCCUAGUCUUCAAACAAUCUUAACUAACAAUGUCAUCGAGUUUUUCCCAUAUGCAUUCCAGCUCUUGGCACAGCUUGUUGAACUGAAUAGACCCCCAUUGCCACCACACUACAUGCAAUUCUUCGACCUUCUUUUGCUUCCUGAUCUGUGGACCAAAUCUGCUGAUGUCCCAGCCCUCGUGCGUCUGCUUCAGGCUUUUCUUCGGAUGGCCCCCCAUGAACUUAACCAAGGUGGAAAGCUUAAUGAGGUGCUCAAUAUAUACAGCAAGCUUCUUCCUUCUUCCCGGACAGAUGAGCAAGCUUUUUUUGUGCUCAAUACAGUUGUUGAGAACCUUGGCUAUGAAGUGAUUGCAGGAUAUCUCCAACAAAUUCUGGUUUCAUUGCUUACUCGUCUCCAGAGUAACCAGACCCCGAAGUUCGUGAGGUGCCUUCUCAUAUUUAUCUCUCUCUUUAUAGUAAAGCAUGGUUGGAACAAUCUUGUUAGCACCAUGGACAAAAUUCAGCCUGGUCUAUUUCUGACAAUCUUGGAGAAGUUCUGGAUACCAAAUCUCAAACAGAUCACAGGUGCUACUGAGACUAAGUUAACUGCAGUGGCUUCAACAAAACUCAUUUGUGAAUAUCCUGCCCUUUUAGAUCCUGCAGCUUCUAGGGUUUGGGGUAAAAUGUUAGAUAGCAUUAUCACUCUUGUUACCAGGCCAGAAGAAGAGAGAGUACUGGAAGAAUCUGAAGUUCCAGAUUUUGCUGAGACUGGAAGCUAUUCUGCUACAUUUAUUCGCCUUUAUAAUGUUAACAAAAGAGAUGAUGAUCCACUUAAGGAAAUCAAAGAUCCAAAACAAUUUUUGCGAGCUUCCUUGGGGAAUCUUUCGGACUUCUCCACUGGGAGAUAUGGACAAGUUAUCAGCGAGAAUGUUGACUCUGCCAAUCAAGCUGCACUGUCUCAGCUUUUCAGCACUUAAACUACUGCCUAAUAUGAGCAAAAUUAUGAUCCAUAGUAAUUGAGCUCCACCGAAUGGAUUUUGGGGGUGUCUGUUUUGUGUCUGGUGUGGCCAUGUGGGUGUUCUUUUUGGUACUUCGGCGGUGGUCGGGCAAAUUAGCAGGUGCAAAUGGCUGCAUAUGCGCCUAUGUCUCUCGGCUGGCCUGGGCUGGGCUGAUAUCUUGGGUUUAUAAGUGUUGUAUGAGUGCAGUUGGAUCAUUGAUGUGAUCUGUAAUUGUACAAUAGUAUUUCAUAUUGAGUCUUACAGGACAACAGCCGUUUUGGGGGUUUGUCGAGGGAUGUUGUUUAUUGAUAUAGAGUAUCAAAUAUCAAUUGAUUUGUUUA